UCAAACACGGCUGUUUACAAUUGUUUUUCCCAAAAUAAUAUUAACUUAGGCUUGAUUAUGAAUAGCGUGCGCUUUGAGUUAGAAAUAAAUGAUCGAAAACAAACUUUUAUACAUAUAUGCUGUGAAUCUGGCUCCUACAGCGAAUGUUAUUUGUGGUUGUCUUGGUUACACGGUGCAACCAACUGUGGGAGUGGAAAAGAAUGAACUGCUAGACUAGACUGAUUCGGAAAGUAAAUACGUUAGAUAUCAUUUUGUCGUUAUAAGCGUGCUGUGUACGAGUUAACAUUUUGUCUAGCUGGUUUUAGGAUGUCUUCAAUGAAGAAAAGCGAGUUAGAGAGUCAGCAGGACGCAGGUGUCUCGGCUGAGAGCGCUGAACAGGAUGAAUCGCAGAGGCAGAUGUUGUUACACAGGGAAUAUGAGACUCUAACUGAGAACCUAUGCACACUGAAGAGGAGAGUUGAACAACUACGAAAAGAAAAUGAGUUUCUUCAGAAAGAGAUAGCUCAGAGCCGUAUGGAAAGUAAAGAGUACAUGUCAUAUAUGUCUAAAGGAGCAGAGAAGAGACAGAAUUCAAUAGUGACUCUGAGUGAUCAGAGCCAUAAGGAACUUAAGGAGCUGCAGGGACAGAGACAGAGCAUGCAGGAUAAACAUGAUGAGCAGACCAAUGAGUUGCAGACGGAGAUCCUGCAGACGGAAAAUCAGCUGGCCUUGCUAAAUAGAGAAAUUGCUGACCUGAAAGAGGUUAAGACUCUAAAACAGCAGCAGUCGUGUCGUAUCACUGAGCUGGAGGAGGAGCUGACUACCAUGCAAUGCAAUCAUUCAGAGUCUCUGGUGGCUCAAAAGGCUGAAUUCAUUAAAAAGAAGCAGAGCUGUGAGCAACAGGCAAAAGACACUGUGCAAGCUCUCACUAUCUCAGCCAACAAGGAGGCAUCUCACUCCCUGAUGUCCUAUAUGAACAGGGUGUUUCAAGUGAAAAAAAGCCUGCAAGAGGAGUAUAAAUACCUCUUACAAAGAACUCAGGCUCUACAAAAACAACAGAAGGAAGUGAUAGCAAGUCUUUUAAACACUGUUUACAGGAGACAAAUCAGUUGUUUCUUUGCAGGGAUGAAGUUGGUUGCCGUGACUCUGAUGUUUUGUGCAAUUACAGAUUUAAGAUCAGAGAUGUAUAAUGUUGUGGGACCUGCACAACCUCUCUUUGCUUUUAUUGGUGAAGAUGUGAUCCUGCCUUGUUCUAUCAAGCCCAACACCAGUGCUGUGAACAUGAGAGUGGAAUGGUUUAGACUUGACCGUCAAGACUCAGUAUUGUAUCUUUAUGAGAAUCGUGAAAACAAAAUCACAAAGCAGGAUCAGUACUUCAGAGGGAGAACAGCACUGUUCCCAGAAGAACUACAGAAUGGAAACGCAUCACUCAAGCUCUCCUCAGUCCAAGUCGCUGAUAAUGGAGUUUACAAGUGUUUUAUUGAGUCCAGCUCCUGGUAUGAUGACAUCACUAUUAAUGUUUCCGUUGGAGCUAUAGGAACUCAUCCACUGAUUACUGUAGAGGAGUUUGAUUAUUCAGGAGGGCUUCAUCUGCUAUGUGAAUGUGAAGGUUGGAAUCCUGAACCUGAGCUUCAGUGGCUGGACAAUAAAGGAGACACUUUGAUUUCUGAUUCUACAGAGACACAUAAAGAUGCAAAGGGCUACAAUGUGAAACACAGAAUCACUGUGCAUAACCGUGAGACAAAGUAUCACUGUAGAGUCAAACUGAGACAUCACAUGCUUCAAACAGACAUUAUUGUCUCAAGUAAAAUGUUUCACUUUUGGAGAACAUCGGUCAUUUGGAUUUCAAUUACAACUGUGGUCAGCGUCAUUACUGCAGUUACAGUUGCUACUUUUGUUUACAUAAGAAGAGUUCUUUACUUGAGGAGGAUUCAAAAAGAUAUCAAAAAGAUAAGAAAAUAUGCAGCGGAUGUGACACUGGAUCCAGAUACAGCUCAUCAAUAUCUCAUCCUGUCUGAAGAUGGGAAGCAAGUGCGACGUGGAGAAAAAAAACAGAAUGUACCAGACAACCCUGAGAGGUUUGACAAAUGUGGCAAUGUCCUGGGAAAGCAAGCAUUCUCCUCUGGAAGGUUUUAUUUUGAGGUACUGGUGAAGGGGAAAACUGAUUGGGAUAUAGGAGUGGCCAGAAAAUCCAUUACCAGAAAGGGGAAGAUCACACUGAGUCCUCAGAAUGGUUACUGGACACUGCGGUUGAGAAAUGGGAACCAGUAUAGUGCCUGUGCUGGACCUACUGUCUCUCUGUCCUUGAAAGUGAAGCCUCAGAAGGUGGGUGUGUUUGUAGAUUAUGAUGAAGGCUUGGUCUCCUUUUAUAAUUUGGAGUCCAGGUCUCAUAUCUACUCUUUCUCUGAACAGUGGUUUACUGAGGAUCUCUAUCCAUUUUUAAACCCAUGUACAAACAUUAAAAGAAAAUACUCUGCCCCACUGAUAAUCUCACCUGUUAAUGUCAAUGAAUGAACGAACUUAUCAAUAAACAAAAAUAAAAUUCAAAAUAAUUGUAUUAUACUACAUUUGCUUCUUAAUUAACACCUUUUAGUAAUUUUUGGUUAUGUGUGGCAAAUAAUUUAUUAAAAGCAUUGGAUUCAUGGUAUACAUUUUAUCAGGUCUUGCAUUCACUGGGAAUUGAACCCAUGGCCCUGAGUUUUCUAUAGUCUUUGCAAUGAAUAGAAGUAUUUGCAUUGUCUUGUAUGAUGUUGUACAUUGAAACAUUUUAAAAUCAGUGUCCAUUAAGUUUUAUUUGCACCAAUUGCUGAUAACUUGUUUUCAGCACUGUAAACUCAGAAAUGAUGCAACCUAAAGUUCACUGUGAUGUUUUUAAUUCCUUAACAAGGCUAAGUAUAAUGUGUUGUGAAAAUGCUGUAUAACUUAGCCAUGAUUAAAACUGCAUUUUUAAAUCUGUCCAGGUCACAGUAACUGGA